GGUGGAUUUUUGUCAUCUUUAAGCCUCCUCACUGUUUAGUUCUGUGGGUUUCCUGGCUCUGUGCAGCCAGAGCAAUUUCUGCUUUCCAGCCCUGUAGAACCAAUACUCGUCCUCCUAGACUUACACUGAGACCUGAAGUAGGUACAAUUGCUUAAUUAUUGAACAUAGGAGUAAUACAGAGAUUUCAUUUUCAAUUAAUGGUAAUAAUAGGAGAGGAGAGGAUGAUCCUAGGCUACUCUAUUAGGCACUUUUUGGUUUAAGUUGAAAACUGAACUCCUUACUGGUUUUCCAGUAAAGGAAAGGAUUGUUAGUAUUUUCAAAUAACUGUUUUGAAAUAGAACAGGAAUAAUUCUUACUUUCUUGAUUUGCUUAUGCAUUUUCAUUCUUGAAAGCCAGUACCAAAGGCCAUUGUAUACGGCAGGGGAAACCAUGUAGCACCAUUUAAUGGCCUACUCCAGGCCUUCACUUAAUUCCAUAUUCACAAUAGUGUGAUAAAGUGAUCAUUUUCAUCAUAAUGCAGAUAUAGGAACAUACCAGAAUAGUUCAUCACAGAAACCUGCAAUUUAUGCUGUUAAACUGAUCAGGGGAAGGUAUCUUAAUACAGUGACAGUUCUUAGACCAAGGCACUCCCAUCUCUCAAAAUACCAGUCAGAGGAGUUGUCUUUCUAGGUAGAGCAAUGCUUGAAGCGCCUGUGGAAGAUGAACCUGGUGGGCUGCAUUGACACUCUGGCAGGACUGAUUCCCAAGAAAAAUACAUCCCAAGCCCAUGCAGAAUGUUUAGUUCCCAGCCAGCCUAUGCUGGAAACGGUGGCUCUGAAGGUAUUGGGAGGUUGCAAGCUCAUACUACGUCUACUGGACCGUUGCUGUAAAGCUUUUCUCUUGUCCGUUAAACAUCUCUGCUCAGAAGAAUUCAUACUUCUGAACACUGUGGCUUCGGGGUUGUUGAGCCGGCUAUGGAUUCAGUACAGGUGCGUAUUACAGAGCCUCGUGUCCUUGUAUGGCAUUUUGUCGACAUCACUUCACCUGGUAUCCGAGACACAACAGAUGCCUUAUAUCAAGGGAUUUACCUUCCCUUCUGAUAUCACUAACUUCCUUGGAGUUAACGUUUCUUCUGAGGUGAAGAAGCAAAAGGCUAGAAUGAUUACAACAAAAAAAAAUACCAGCUGGCUGAAGAAACUCUUCCCAACAAUGCCAGAGGCAGUGUCAGAGCUUGGGGAAAAGAGAAAUUUUGCGACCUGCACAAGUGCUGUGAAAAAGCGUAGCAUCCCACGCCCUGCGGACAUCGGAGAGCCAGUUCUGGUCACCAGAGCCAGCAGAGGGAAGCACCUGGGAUUUGACAUUAAAAGCUUACUUAGACCAUCCAGAACUCCAGCACAAGAGGGUAUAAGCAUUGCAUCAACACCUUUUAAAGCAAAGUCGGCAUCACUUUCCUCUCGUAUAGCAAAAUCGCAGCAUGCUGAAUCUCUUAUACAGAUGGUCCAAACAGCUACGUCAUUUGGGGAACUGUCAGAGGCACUCAGAAAAGCUAUUCUGUGGUGCAAAGGCAACAAAUUCAAAUCGGAAGCUUAUUUUCUGCGUAACAAGUUGUUGAAAAGCAACCGACUGCACCACGUGGAGGCUCAAGGAUGCAGAAUGCCCUGGCUACUAUUGUACAAGGUGCUGCUGUAUCUCCUUGGUAUGACAAGGAAGAUGGUAGAGAAGGCUAAUAACUGAAUCUCUCCAAACCUCAAAUGAAAUAACACUUUUAAUAGCUGAUGAAGUUACAUUUUUGUGUACCUUCCUCCCCUUAAGCUUGAAGAAAAAACUGUGCUGUGUCAAAACAUCUGUCCGUAAAUACCUCCUGUAUGGGUCACAAAAUAGAUGCUGGCCAAAGCAGUA